AUGUCACCCUGCCAGUCACCCUGCAAAUUGCCGUUCGACGUAUUGGAACAAAUUAUCCCUCUCGUUACAGAUCCGCAUACACUUAUCCAACUAUGUCUGGUCAGUCCGAUGAUGGGCGAACUCGCGGCGAAACAACUCUACAAAUCGAUCUUGCUCGACAACGUCCUCACCAUCAUCAAGCUUCAUCGUACGCUAGCUGGCAACACAUUUCUAUCAUCUCAAGUCAGCUCUCUCACCCUGGACAUCCGUGUAACAUUCGAAGAGAAUAGGCGCGCCCCAAGACAAGUUAUGGAGCGAGCUGGCGGGCAACUCACGCAACGAGACAUAUGCGGAAAGUGGGUCAUGCAGGCGCCUGCCUAUCUGCGCCUGCUCUUCCGCACCAUAGGACAGAUGAGAAAUCUAAGGAAGAUUGCGACAAUCGAGUUCAUUGGCUUCGCCGAGGUCUCAACAGCAUUCUUCGCUUGCUUGUGUCACCUGCGACCAGGUCUAUUCAGCCUCAAGUUCGACAGCAUUCUCCCAUGCGAAAUUAACCUGAAUGAUCUCCUCAGUUCUCAACCAAGGCUGGAAGAACUCGAGUUCAUAAUCUACCAUGACAGGAUACAUGACUCUCGUUACUUGGGACAGAUCACGGCCAAUUCUGCCCCCGGUUUACGGCGUAUAGCGUGCGAAAGCUACCUCGUAAGCUCCAUCGUCCCAGGGCGACCGAUAGAGGAGUUCGGCCGUUUUUGA